CUGGAGGAACAGCCCCUGCUGGGGGCCUAGAAGGGGGCUGCCCCUCUGUGUCUCUGUGUGCUGCUUCCUCUGGGAAAGCAACCAGCUGUUUCUGCUUUUGGGCCGUAGAAAAUGGACACUGAAGUGGCAGGAAAAAUCGACGAAUUCAUCUCCAAGUUGAAAGGCCUGAAGGAAGCGGAGUCGGCUUUCACAUUUAUUCUUGAUGAUCCUUCGGGAAACAGUUUUGUGGAGAACCCUCAUGCGCCGCAGAAGGACGAGGCCCUGGAGGUCACCCACUACAGGAGGACAGCCGAGCAAGCAGCUCUGCUUGGACUAGAGGAAGAGGGCUUGGAGGAGGAUCCAGCCGACCCUGCAGAGGACCUGAGGAACGAGGUACUGCAGUUCAACACCAACUGCCCCGAAUGCAACGCUCCCGCCAGCACAAACAUGAAGCUGGUGCAGAUUCCCCAUUUCAAGGAAGUCAUCAUCAUGGCUACAAACUGCGAUGCCUGUGGGCACAGAACAAACGAGGUAAAAUCCGGGGGAGGCAUCGAGCCUUUGGGCACCAAGAUAACCCUUCAUGUGACGGGCUCUGCAGACAUGAUGAGGGACGUUCUAAAGUCGGAAACCUGCAGGAUAGAGAUUCCAGAGCUGGAGUUCGAGAUAGGAAUGGGAGCUCUGGGUGGAAAAUUCACCACUCUAGAAGGGUUGAUGAAGGACAUCCAGGCUCUGGUGGAGAAGAACCCCUUCACCCUGGGGGACGCCUCUUGCCCUGGCAAAGCAGCAAAGCUGCACGCGUUUGGGAAGAAGCUCCAGCAGAUCGUAGAUGGGGAGAUGAAGGUGCAUCUUGUUCUGGAUGACCCUGCAGGAAACAGUUACCUUCAG